CUUCAGUGUUUCAGAAGUUUAUUAAGUUUGCUCUUCAUCAUAGAUGGCACAGAUAAUCACAACUCUAAAAAUUCAGACAGAGUCUCUGGAAGCCGUGACUACUUUUGCUACUAGAAUGCGACGUCGUUUAUAAUCGGGAUGUGCGUUUUAUAAUCGGACCUCUCAAAGAUGUGGAGUCCAGAACACCUUUCAUUCACAUGGAUCACAGGAUGUGUGUGUGAGUUGAGCUAGAGCUCAGGCCAGUGAUGGAGGCAGGACUGAACUGCAGCUUUCACUGUGAAACUGGCGUCUGCUUCAUCAACGCUGGAGUGAACAGCCAGCAGGCCUGGGACAUCCUGCAGAGACUCUGUGCACUCACAGCGAGCAGUGUGGAUGUCCAGAGUAGGUCUCUGUCUCCUGCUCUUCGUGCUGUCGUCUGGACACUGUUGUCUUGUGGGAUUCUGCUGGCUCUCUUCUUCCUUAUUUUCACACUGCGCUUCAAAAACAACAGGAUAGUGAAGAUGUCCAGUCCCAAUCUGAAUGUGCUGACCCUCUGCGGCAGCGUCCUUACAUACAGCAGCGGCUUCUUAUUCGCCAUGGAGGAGAAAUCACUGCUGUCAGGAGCAGGAGCAGGAGCAAGAGCUGUAUUGCAGGCACGGAUGUGGACACUAUGUAUUGGCAGCUCUCUGGUGUUUGGCCCUAUUCUUGGGAAAACAUGGCGGCUCUACAGAGUCUUCACUCAGCGUGUGCCUGACAAAAGAGUGAUCAUUAGAGACAUCCAGUUGAUGGGUUUGGUUGCUCUGCUGGUCUUAGUGGACGUUGCUGUUUUAACAGCCUGGGGUUUGAUGGAUCCCAUCAAGUGCUCUCGGUCUGUCAGUGCAAUGGUGAAGGUUAUAGAUUUGGAUUCAUCCUACUCUCUGUCCCAGCUAGAUUCAUGUUCUUCUCUCUACUCACACCUGUGGAUAAUACUCAUCUCUGUACUUAAGGGCAGCCUCCUCCUGUAUGGCACGUAUCUUGCCGGCCUGACGAGCAAUGUGAGCUUACCUCCAGUAAACCAGUCCAAGACCAUCAUGGGUGCUGUCUGUCUGGUCACCAUGUCAAGCACUGUGGCCGUGCCUGUCUCACUUUAUCUCUACUCCUGGCCUAAUGUGGUCUACAGCGUAAUAUCUGGAGCGAUCUUCAUCUGCACAAUGACCAUAAACUGUCUUCUCUUUGUGCCUCAGCUGACCCAGUGGAGACAUUUUGAAGAGGAGACAAACUCUCAUCCCAGUCAAAUGGCCAAAUACUUCAGUAGUCCCAGCAAAACCACAAACUCCAUGUAUAGCGAGGAUGAGAUCUACUAUCUGCUUGGAGAAAAUGACUCAAUGAAAAGACUUAUCAAUGAGAAAAAUGCAGUUAUUGAUAGCCUACAGGAACAAGUGAACAAUGCCAAAGAUAAGCUGCUCAAACUGAUGACUGCUAGCCAGCUCUUGGAUGAGAGAGAAAUGGACUCGUCCAACACUAACCUCAACUCCACCUCCACCCAAACCACAGUGGUAUCUCCCGAUUCUCCAAAACUUGUUCUAAAGAAAUACUCAGAAGUUGCUCCCACCAGAGUUCUCUCUCCACCCCCCUAUGUACCUCCUCCACCAAUUCCCAUUCAUACUACCUCAAAUUCAACAUCCCCUGAAGGUCCAGGAGCUACAGAUGAUUCUUCACCACACCUGAGGACCCAAGGUAACUCUUUCCAUGAAGUUGUAAGUCUAAAAGGAAACACAGAAGUUGCCUUCCCAACAGUGAACAAUAUUAGAUACUCAGAUCUUGGAAAAGAAAUCUCUGAGAACCCACAUGAUGUGCCUUUGGAUCAGGAGAAAUUAGCAGAGAAUUUUCCUCCUCCAGUUUCUGCUCAGUGUAAUUCACCUCAGGUUGAGUCUCCAGUGCCUUCAGUCUUUGUCGAGCCUCCUGCCAUUUCCCCAGCAGGCAGACUGGGCUUUGUGACCAAUGAGCAGCUGGUGGAGAUUUUGCAGGACCUGAGUGUAGAUGCUGUAAGCAGCUCUGUCAAAUCACCCGACAGGGCAAGGAGCCCAUCCAUAAAACCAGACGAACUGAGCCAGACACUUUCUCCUCAAUCCCCUCUACAGUUCUUCUUCCCACCCAUCUCACCUUAUAUCAUGCGGAAACGCAGGCCUCCAUUUUACUCUUCAAGAGGUGGACCUCCACCUUACUACUUUCCAGGCUCGAUUCCUCCAGGGAGAAGGAGGGGACUUCCGGACCUUGAAAAGUUCAGGGAUGAGGACCCUAAAAUAAGUUCCACCAGUAACCCUCAAAGACAUGACUUGUGGCAUGAGGAAAGGAGGAGGAAGAGGGCAGAGAAAGCACAAACUCGGAGCAGCUCAGGACAGGACAGUUGGGAAUGUUCUUCUCACAAAUGUUCGAUUACUCCUUUCAUGGGACAGGUUCCUCAACCGGCCUCCGCUGGACUGAUGGAGGAGGUUAAACACUCUAAGGAGCCAUAUGACUUUUCAGACUCAGACUCCAGCAGCUCGGAGGACUACUGUUACUACCAGCGGUCCUACUGUAGGGCAUGUCAUCACCCCUAUGACUCUACAGACAGUCUCACCUCAGGGACAUCGGACAGCGAGGAUGAGGAUUUCUACCGCUCAUCACAUCCUGUCGUGAACUUUAAAGUGGAUGUCAAACCAACCUUUGUGUGAACAGACUAAAAAUCAUUGUUUGUUUUUUGAAGUGAUGUGAUACUUGG